UUCUGGAUCGCUGUUGUGAGAGUCAAUGAGCAGUUUUAUGAAUUAUUAUCGUCAUUAAAUGGCUGAUUUACGUCACUAUGAAGAACACUUUUACUAUAAAUGUGUUGUUUGUAUUAUUUUAUCUUCUAUUUCAUAUGUGCGGUGUGUUUGGUGUUGAUCAGUCAGUGUCAGUGAUGGAGGGAGAUUCUGUCACUUUACACAGUGAUGUUACUGACAUACAGAGCUAUUAUAUGACAUUGUGGAGGUUUGGAGACGAUGGCUUUACCAUAGCUCAAAUCAACAAAGAUAAGAUCAUAUAUAGUGAUAUUCCAGCAUUCACAGACAGAAUGGUGUUGAAUGAUCAGACUGGAUCUCUCACCAUCACAAACAGCAGAAUCAAACACUCUGGACUUUAUAAGAUGGAGAUCAGCAACAGCAUCGGGACGUCAGUGAAGAAAUUCCAUCUUAAAGUCUAUAAUUCUCAGUUUUUGAUCGAAGCUGAAAAAGGUGAAUUAAAGACAGUGUCGGUAACAGAAGGAGAUCCUGCCUAUCUGAUGAUGGAAGAUGUUGAAAUUCAGAGUUAUGAUCUGAUAGUGUGGAGGUUUGGAGAUGACGGCAUUCUUAUAGUGAAAGAUGACAGAGAAGACAAUAAGACCACAUUUACUCAUGAUGAGAUAUAUGUAGACAGACUGGAGCUGAACUAUCAGACCGGAUCUCUCACCAUCACAGACGCCAGAAUCACAGACACUGGACUUUAUAAAGUAAAGAUCAUUGGCAGGAGGAGGACCGAAUACAUGAGAUUCAUUCUGACUGUCAGUGCAUCAGGUAUAUCUUCAGGUGGUGUAGCAGGUAUAGUUAUUGUUGUUCUGCUGGUCGCGUCUGGAGCUGUCGGUGUGUUUGUGUUUUUCUAUCGUCGCAGAACCUCUGAAAUAAAAAAACAAAAUGAUGUAUUUGUUGAUAAGUCAGUGUCAAUGAAGACGGGAGAUUCUGUCAUUCUACACACUGGUGUUAGAGAAAUCCAGAAAGAUGAUGAGAUAACAUGGAUGUUUGAAGACACAUCAAUAGCUAAAAUGAAAGGAGAUCAAACUAUUGAAAAUAUCGAUGACAGAUUCAAAGACAAACUGGAGCUGAACCCUCAGACUGGAUCUCUCAUCAUCAAAGACACACAAACUGAACACACUGGACUAUACAAAGUAAAGAUGAGACUUCAAGAUCAGACAUCAGCCCAGAUGAUCAAUGUUUCUUCCAGUGAUAAACUGUCUGUGAAUGAAGGAGAUCCUUUCACUUUAAGCUCUGGUCACACUGAACUAGGAGACAAUGUCAUGACAUGGAGGUUUAAAGACAAACAUAUAGCUACAGUCAGUGAACAUCAGACAUCUGUUUGUGAUGAAGAGAGAUUCAAAGACAGAGUUCAUGUGGAUCCUCAAACUGGAUCUCUGACCGUCAAAAACAGCAGAACUGAAGACUCUGGACUUUAUCAACUACAGAUCAACACAGAGAAAUCAGAAAGAAAAUUCACUGUUAGUGUCCGUGAGAAAUUUAGGAAGGUGUCAGUGAUGGAGGGAGAUUCUUUCACUCUCAACACUGGAGUUGCUUUCAUACAGAGGCCUGAUAUGAUCAAGUGGAUGUUUAAACACAAGUCUAUAGCUGAACUCAUUGGAAAAAGACAUUCUGAUGCUGCUGUUGUUGAUAAAGAUGAAAGAUUCACAGACAGACUGGAGCUGGACUAUCAGACUGGAUCUCUCACCGUCAAAAACACCAGAACCACAGACUCUGGACUUUACACACUGAAGAUCAACUCUGAGGAUUCAGAAUGGAAAUUCAGUGUCACUGUCAAAGGCUGGCUUCCUUGGGAAAAGCGUCCAGAGCAGAUAGAAGUGAAUGAAGAAGAUCCUUUCACUUUAAGCUCUGGUCAGACUGAACUAGGAGACAAUGUCAUGACAUGGAGGUUUAAAGACAAACAUAUAGUUACAGUCAGUGAACAUCAGACAUCUGUUUGUGACGAAGAGAGAUUCAAAGACAGAGUUCAUGUGGAUCCUCAAACUGGAUCUCUGACCAUCACAAACAGCAAAACUAAAGACUCUGGACUUUAUCAACUACAGAUCAGCACAGAGAAAUCAAAAAGGAAAUUCACUGUUAGAGUCCGUGUAUUUGUGUUUCUGACAGAGAACAUUAAGGUGUCAGUGAUGGAGGGAGAAUCUUUCACUCUCAACACUCUCAUACAGGGGCCUGAAAUGAUCCAGUGGAUGUUUUCCCCAGUGGAUCCAGGAGACAAGUGUAUAGCUGCACAUGCUGGAAAUACACCUGCUGCUGCUGCUGCUGAUGUUGAUAAAGAUAAAAGAUUCACAGACAGACUGGAGCUGGACCAUCAGACUGGAUCUCUCACCGUCACAAACACCAGAACCACAGACUCUGGACUUUAUACACUGAAGAUCGGCUUUGAGGAUUCAGAAUGGAAAUUCAGUGUCACUGUCAAAGGCCGGCCUCCAAGGGACAAACGUCCAGAGCAGAAAGAAGAAAAUACACCAGAAGAGUCAAAUCUGCAAGAAUCACCCAUCAGAGAGGAGGUGAAGACAGAUAAACUGUCUGUGAAUGAAGGAGAUCCUUUCACUUUAAACUCUGGUCAGACUGAACUAGGAGACAAUGUCAUGACAUGGAGGUUUAAAGACAAACAUAUAGCUACAGUCAGUGAACAUAAGACAUCUGUUUGUGAUGAAGAGAGAUUCAAAGACAGAGUUCAUGUGGAUCCUCAAACUGGAUCUCUGACCGUCACAAACAGCAAAACUAAACACUCUGGACUUUAUCAACUAAAGAUCAGCACAGAGAAAUCAGAAAGAAAAUUCACUGUUACUGUGCGUGAUAAACUGUCUGUGAAUGAAGGAGAUCCUUUCACUUUAAGCUCUGGUCAGACUGAACAAGGAGACAAUGUCAUGAUAUGGAGGUUUAAAGACAAACAUAUAGCUACAGUCAGUGAACAUCAGGCAUCUGUUAGUGAUGAAGAGAGAUUCAAAGACAGAGUUCAUGUGGAUCCUCAAACUGGAUCUCUGACCGUCACAAACAGCAGAACUGAAGAUUCUGGACUCUAUAAACUAAAGAUCAGUGGCAAAAAGAAAUUAAAAAGGAAAUUUACUGUUUCUGUCCGUGAGAACAUUAAGGUGUCAGUGAUGGAGGGAGAAUCUUUCACUCUCAACACUCUCAUACAGAGGCCUGAAAUGAUCCAGUGGAUGUUUGGAGACAAGUGUAUAGCUGAACAUGCUAGAAAUACACCUGCUGCUGCUGCUGCUGCUGCUGCUGCUGAUGUUGAUGUUGAUGUUGAUGUUGAUGACAGAUUCACAGACAGACUGAAGCUGGACCAUCAGACUGGAUCUCUCACCGUCACAAACACCAGAAUCACAGACUCUGGACUUUACACACUGAAGAUCGACUCUGAGGAUUCAGAAUGGAAAUUCAGUGUCACUGUCAGCAGCCGGCGUCCAUUGGACAAACGUCCAGAGCAGAUAGAAGAAUCCACAGAAAAUACACCAGAAGAGUCAAAGCUGCUAACAAGUCAAGACUCACCCAUCAGAGCGGAGCAGACAGAUAAACUGUCUGUGAAUGAAGGAGAUCCUUUCACUUUAAACUCUGGUCAGAAUGAACUAGGAGACAAAGUCAUGACAUGGAGGUUUAAAGACAAACAUAUAGCUACAGUCAGUGAACAUCAGGCACCUGUUUGUGAUGAAGAGAGAUUCAAAGACAGAGUUCAUGUGGAUCCUCAAACUGGAUCUCUGACCGUCACAAACAGCAAAACUAAAGAUUCUGGACUUUAUCAACUAAAGAUCAGCACAGAGAAAUCAAAAAGAAAAUUCACUGUUAAAGUCCAUGAGAACAUUAGGAAGGUGUCAGUGAUGGAGAGAGAUUCAUUCACACUCAACACUGGAAAUGCUUUCACACAGAGGCCUGAUAUGAUCAAGUGGAUGUUUAAACACAAGUGUAUAGCUGAACAUGCUGAAAAUAGACCUGCUGCUGCUGAUGCUGCUGCUGUUGAUAAAGAUGAAAGAUUCACAGACAGACUGGAGCUAGACCAUCAGACUGGAUCUCUCACCGUCACAAACACCAGAACCACAGACUCUGGAUGUUACACUCUGAAGAUCAACUCUGAGGAUUCAGAAUGGAAAUUCAUUGUCACUGUCAGCAAGCGUUCUAAAAAAACCAAAGGGAAUCAUUCAGGGACGGCACAGAUAUCUUUGAAUGAAUCACGUCCUUUGUUGCGAGGUGUUGCAGAUGAUAAGGAAGAGAUGAGUCUACAAGAACAUCCUGUAUAAAGACACCACUGAUCUUUUUUAUUGAAUGAGAAGAAUAUUGAAAAUAUCCAAUGUUUCAAAAAACAAUUUGUGUUUUCAAUUAAUUUUAUACAGAAUGUGAUGUGAAGUUAAAGUGACUCUGAGAUUCGGUGCUCAUAUGGACAGUUAAGUCUCACACUAACAGACUUUGAUCAUAAAGUUUGGUCCACAUUACAGCUUCAUCCAAGAACCGCCCAUUCACUGAAUGUAAACAUCCAACCAACCAACCAACCAACCAGCGUUUGCUUACACAACAUUUAGGCUACAUGUAAGUGACAGACCAUCAUUAAGCAAUGUGUUCUGCAUGAGGGCUUGUAUAGAAACUGAGAAUUACCACGUUACGUGUGUAGACCUUGGUAUCAGAAAUACUGUCCACACGUAAUGAGAACUAACUCUUAUAACAAAGCAGAAUCAUUUUGCAUGAACUGGACUGUUCAGAGGGACCAUUAGCCCCCUUCAUGUAUGAACAGAAAAAAACUGGAAAUCUACUCACUUAAUUUAUUUGUUAAUCUUGUAUUAUUUGCAGCUGUGAUCUGUUGUUAUGUCUUCGUACUGUCUGAUCUUUUCUGCCCUCUAGUGUACAAACAACUUUCCAGGUUUUCAUUCUUAGUAUUACCUAGAGCUGUUGUAACAAUAAAAGUGUGUAGUUCUGCAUUAAAGUAAAGUUUUAUCUCAUGUAACCAAAUAUUGUGUAUUGCGAGAUUAAA